AUGAAUCAUAUUGACCUUGAGAUUUCUUUGCCUGAUAAGCCAUUAUGGAGGUUGACCUGCUAUUAUGGGUAUCCUCAAAGGGAUAGGAAGAGGGCUGCAUGGGAUUUCCUACGAUCUCUCAGGGGCGUUUCUGAGCUACCUUGGGUGGUCUUGGGGGAUUUCAACGAUUUGUUGAUGCACUCUGAUAAGAGGGGGAGGUUGCCACAUCCGGUACGUUUGGUAGAGGGGUUUGUAGAAGCUCUGGAUGACUGUGGAUUGAUGACACUGCCUAUGAUUGGAUACCCUUACACGUGGGAACGUGGGAAGGGGACUGCUCGCUGGGUUGAGGAGCGGUUGGAUAGAGUGUUGAGGCCCCGGUGUUUCCGGUUUGAGAAUGCAUGGCUACUGGAUGGAGGUUGCAGGGAGGUGGUGGAAAGGGAAUGGGCUGGCACUCCGGGAUUGGCGUUACAGACCAGGCUUGGUGUGUGUGGUCGGGGUUUGAGGAGGUGGGGUGGUGAUCGCCAUCAUAAAUAUGGGAUAAGGAAGGAAAUGAAUGGUUUACGGGGUAGUCGUGAUCCUGGAUCUUUGGCACGGUUUAGGCAGCUUGAUGAGCAGUUGAGUGUGGUGCUAGCCCAGGAGGAGGCUUUCUGGAAGCAACGUGCAAAACAACACUGGCUCCAGGGAGCUGACAGAAACACAAAAUUUUUCCACAAGUAUGCUACUUAUCGGAAGAGGAAAAAUGUGAUCCAGAGACUGAAGGAUGAUGGUGGAGUUUGGCGAGAGGGCAGUGCCUUGGACUCAGUAGUUGUGGAUUAUUAUAAGCAAAUUUUUACUUCAGGUGGGAGUCCUGGGAGUUUUAAUGUGGAUACCAUGCAGUCUCGUGUAACUAAUGAGCAGAAUGAUGAGUUACUGCGCCCCUUUGAGCCGGAGGAGGUACGGAGUGCUUUAUUCUCUAUGGGCAAGGACAAAUCUCUAGGUCCGGAUGGCAUGAAUCCGGGCUUCUACCAGGCCUUCUGGGAUAUUAUUGGUAAGGACAUCUCUGAUUUUGUUCUUAAUUGUUUGUCUGAGAGGUCUUUCCCUGUUAAUUUGAAUGAUGCCAAUAUUGUUUUGAUCCCCAAGAAAUGCACCCCCGUGUCUGUAUCUGAUUUAAGGCCAAUAGCUUUGUGUAACGUUCUAUAUAAGAUAAUGGCAAAAAUGAUUGCUAAUCGUAUGAAACCGUUACUUGAGGGUAUGAUUUCUGUUUCGCAAAGUGCGUUCUUACCUGGUAGGCUGAUCACAGACAAUAUAUUAAUUGCGUCUGAGGUUGGUCAUUAUUUGAGGAGGAAACAGUUGGGGCAGGUUGGGUGGGCGGCCUUAAAGCUAGAUAUGGCGAAGGCUUAUGACAGGAUGGAGUGGCCUUUUGUGCAGCAGAUGUUGAUUGGCCUGGGGUUUGAUGAAAGAUGGGUUCAGCUUGUAAUGUUAUGUGUGCAUUCCGUGCGAUACAGGGUGCUAGUAAAUGGGAAGCCAUCUGAGGAAAUAGUGCCCACGAGGGGGCUCAAACAGGGAGAUCCAUUGUCUCCUUAUUUGUUUAUAAUAUGUGCUGAGGGCUUAUCGUUGUUGUUGCAGGACUCUCAGACAAAAGGGCUUUUGCAUGGUUGUAGAGUGGCUAGGGGGGCACCUCCUAUUUCGCAUUUAUUUUUUGCAGAUGAUAGUCUGCUGUUCUUUAAAGCUAAUCUGCAGGAAGCACUGGAGGUGAAGAAGUGCCUGGGAGUGUAUGAGGCCUUUUCUGGGCAGGCGGUUAAUUUUCAGAAGUCAAGCAUAACGUUUAGUCGUCGCGAUAGAAGUGCAGUUUUCGCAUAUGUAGAGCAGAAAUUGAGACAAAGGUUUGGCUCGUGGAACAAGAGACUGUUAUCCAAAGCAGGGAAGGAGGUGCUUUUGAAGAGUGUAGCCCAGGCAAUGCCUACCUACACUAUGAGCAUUUAUUUGCUCCCUUUAUCUUUGUGUAAUGCUUUGGAGAAGUUAAUGAACAGGUAUUGGUGGGGCCAAAGAGGCUCACAGGGCAGUAUUCACUGGAUGUCCUGGGAUCGUAUGUGUGUGCCUAAGAGGUUUGGGGGCAUGGGUUUUAAGCGUUUGCAUGAGUUUAAUGUUGCUCUGUUGGCCAAGCAGGGGUGGCGACUAUUAACAAAUCCGGAGUCCCUUGUAGCUCGUGUAUUCAAAGCCAGGUAUUAUCCUACUUCCUCGUUUUAUGAAGCCACGAUUGGUGGUAACCCGAGUUAUGCUUGGAGAAGUAUUUACGCAGGUCAGGCGUUGCUCAGAUCUGGUUGCAGGCGGAGGAUAGGCAACGGAAGGGCCACUGGGGUUUUGAAUCAUCCUUGGCUGCCUGAUGCUAUUGAUCCCUAUGUAGUCUCGACUCACCCAAACCUGGGCCAGGAGCUUCUGGUUUCAGACUUAAUUGAUAGUGCCACCAAUGGGUGGAAUGAUGAUUUGUUACAUGAGUUGUUUGCCCCACGUGAUAUUUUGUUGAUUAAGCAGCUCCCUGUUAAUGUGGAAUGUGAUGAUGUUUGGUUUUGGGACAGGGAUCUAAGGGGUUGCUACUCGGUAAGGGAUGGUUACAGAAGGAGGGUGGAUUUGGUUAAUAUCUGCCCAGCUUGUGGCUUGGAGGAGGAAAAUAUUAUGCAUGUUUUAUGUUCUUGUCCUUAUGCUACACAAGUGUGGAAUUUAUCUCAUCUUCUUAUCCCUUCCUUUGAUGGCAGGAGUUUUAGGCAGUGGACAGAACAAUGGCUUGGCAAUAUGGCCACUUAUAGCUCAGAGGCACAAGAGAGGAUAUGUGGUUUGUUAUAUGAUGUUUGGUCAGCCAGGAAUGAGGCGGUUUGGGAUGGCUGUCUGCCGUUGCCUAUGGUGGUGGUCAGGAGGUUCACGGCAAAGUGGGCUUCUUGGACAACAGCUGAACAGCAACGCAUCACCACACGUGUGCUGUGUGUGGCCCCGGAUCCGGCUCCUGUAGUGGAUGAUGGCGUGUUAUGUCGUGUGGAUGCGGGCUUCCAUGGUCCGAAUCAUGUGCCGGCUUAUGGAUUCGUAGUACAGGAGAAGGAUGGAAUCUUUGUGGCGGCAGGGAAUGGACCUCUUACUUGCCCUUAUGACCCCCUCUUGGCGGAAGCAAUGGCUUUGUGUGAGGCACUAUCUUGGCUGAGGAAUAAUGGCUACUCAAGGGUUUCAGUUUACACUGACAGUCUCGUCUUGGUUUCCAGUCUAAAGCAUGCUAGUUCGUUCCGAACUUAUUUUGGUUUUGUUUUGCAAGCUUGUAAUCGUUUAUUAGAUCAAAUGUCUAGAUCAGCAGUAAUUCAUGUACGCAGGGAUGCUAUACAGGCUGCCCAUGUUAUGGCUAAGCAUGUAUCUGCCUCUUUGUCACGCUCUCUUUGGAGGGAUAUUCCUCCCGCUUUUCUUGAGCCUGGAAUGGCUAAUGCAAUUUAA